AUGCACAUUCUGGUAGUCAACGACGACGGGCCGCCGAACAAGCGGCUCUCGCCCUACGUGCGCCCGCUCGUCGACGAACUCCAAAGCGCGGGCCACCUAGUCAGCGUCGCUAUCCCAGCCGCCUCGCGCUCAUGGAUCGGCAAAGCACACCUGAUCGAAGCCUCGCUGACCGCUCACUCUGUACACCCGGACUCUUUCCGCGACGACGGCACCUGGGACGAAAGCUACAAAUCAACGGCCGAGAACGAGUGGGUAGUUAUUGAGAAUGGCACACCGGCCAGCUGCGCCCAGCUGGGUCUCUACAACCUCUUCACGGAUCGUCCGCCUGUUGACCUCGUGAUUUCGGGCCCCAAUCACGGCCGCAAUGCCUCCACGAUCUAUAACCUGUCCUCGGGUACCGUGGGUGGUGCUCUUGAGGCUGUGUUCUGCGGAAAGCGCGGUAUUGCUAUCUCCUUUGGUAGCAAGGAUCCGCAGCCGGCGGACAUUAUUGAAGCUGCGGCGCGUCUUGCUGUGCGGACGGUUGAACAUUUGUGGCGCAAUUGGGAUGAGCGCGUUGAGCUGUAUAAUGUCAAUGUUCCCAUGCGCAUUGAUGUUGAGACUCAGCCUGUGCUAUAUACUCGCACUCUGCCUUACUACUGGUCUCGUGGGUGUUUGUAUGCCGAGGCUGGGGCGGAGGCUAAGAGCAAGAUUGUGAACGGGGUGACGAAUGGUGUCAACGGUGUCAAUGGGGUCAAUGGUGCUGAGGUGAAGCAUUGCAAUGGCACCCAUGUCAACGGUGUCAAUGGGGUCAACGGCGUUAACGGCCAUGCUGAGCAACCAAAGCGCAAAGAGCGCCAUUUCAAGUGGUCUGCUGAUCUGUCGGAUAUGAAAAAGAGGCUGCAGGAGAGCGAGGAGGGUACAGAUGCGCAUACAGUAUUGAAUGGGUCAACGAGUGUGACUGCUCUUCGCGCCAAUUUCUGGCAUGUGCCCGAUCUGGAAGGACCACUGGACCUGAAUCAAUAA